AACGGCUUGACAAGAAAACCCCUCCACUUCUAUAUUCAAAUUAAUCGAGUGUUCUUGCCCAUCUUCAGCUAGUUUCUAUAAAAAUAAAAAUAAAUAAAGUCCUGGAAAUGGAGACAGUAUCAGAGUAAGGAUACUUAUCGUUGUCAUCCUGGAGAAGGGAUUUUUUUUAUAUAUAAAAAAAUAGAAUUAGAAAGAUGGAAGGCAGUGAAAGCGAGGCAGUGUUCGAAUCCCUAAAUCUGAACCCCCAACUUUUCAUCAACGAAACUCUAAACACCGUCGACGAUUUGCUGGACGACGCUUUCCAUUUCUUCCACCAGGAAGCAUCAACCCUUUUGAAAACUGACGGCACUAGUAGAUCCCAAUUUAUAAGCGAGGGAAUUGCUUACAUCCGCGAUAUGAUACAAUCGGACUUGGAUACGCGGUUGGGUAUGUGGGAGAAGUACUGUCUUCACCAUGUUUUUGCGGUUCCUGAGGGUUUCUGUUUACCUCAAACUGAGUCACCAGCUGAGACUUUCAUGUGUCAAGAUUUGCUUUCUGAUCCUGAUCUGGAUGCACAGUUGGAUAUCUUGAGGAACAAGCUUACUAAGGUAGGAAAGGAGUCUUCUGAGCUGAAUCAUGAACUCCAAGCCUUGGAAAGGCAAUCUGCUUCAAGUGAUCAUUGUGCAGAACUUGUUAGUGAGGCCCUGCUAUUAUAUGACCAAGCCUCUACGCAAGACAUGUAUCAAGAUAUGUUGUCAACCAUGUCUGAACUUCAUGAAAAAAUGGAGAAGCUGAGGACCAGAAAGGUGGAAAACUUAGAAUGCAUUAGAGCAAAGAGGAUUAAUGAUCCAAACAGAGAUUUAUUGGCAUCAAAUUACAGGAAGGGUCUCCCAAAUGCAACAGUGGAGGAUAUUCAAGAAUUUAUGGCUGAUUUAAAGCAUAUGUGAUCUGAGCGCUUCAUAUGAUGUCAAUCAGUCUUACAACUGUGCUGUGUACCGGUGAUGCUAACAUGAUCCGAUCCUCAAUAAUAACCUGUAGUUAUUUCUCUUCCCAGGUUCUCUAAUUAGCUUUGGACAAAAUGGGAUAAAGGAGGCCUUGUGUUUGUCUCUGAAUGGGAAUUGGUAGUGGAAAUGUCUUAGCCAGAGACUGUAGUGCCCCUCAACCAAGCCCCAACCCCACUACAACAAUGUGUUCCAACCAGUUUGUUGUCUGUCAGUAAUUCAAUGAUAUGAAGAUUCCAAUCCGUACAAUCCAACGUCCCAAGCUGGGGAUCUGAUUUGUGAACUAUCUACUCGAUCCUUUUCUAUUUGAUUUCUCAAUUAGACGUUAUAAUAUAUACCAAUAACAACUAUUUGAUUUCUCAAUUAGGAAAAAUUUACUUUGAUAAUUUCCUUAA